UCAGUCCUGGUCUGCUCGCUAUCCUUGUGUGCAGCCUCCUCCUUUCUCUCCUGUCCUUCACCGUGUAUUUGUAACUCUGACAGCAUGGAGGUGGACUGCAGUGGCAGAGGACUCACAUCUAUACCACCCGAUCUCCCCCAGGACAUCCGAAUCCUUCUAUUGCUCAACAACCGCAUAACCUCUCUUGCUGGAGGACCUUUCUCAAACUUGACAUCUCUGCACCGGUUGGACCUCUCCAAUAACUUCCUUGACCAGUUACCCCCAGGCCUCUUUGCGGAUCUGGGGAACCUCACCGAAAUUCGUCUUCGGAACAACAGCAUCCGCAGUAUAGAGCGGGACCUCCUGCAAGGCCUGCCACAGCUUCGUAGACUGGACCUGUCCCUCAACUUUUUGUCUCAGUUACCUUCAGGAUUGUUUGAUGACCUAUCAACACUCCAUUGGUUAUCAUUGCGUUCCAAUCGGCUGCAGAGUUUGGACAGGAUGACUUUUGAGCCUCUUGCCAGCCUGGAGAGCAUUCAGCUGGGUGAUAACCCAUGGGAGUGUGACUGCAACCUACGAGACUUCAAACAUUGGAUGGAGUGGUUCUCGUACAGAGGAGGUAAAAUUGAUGAGCUGCAGUGCACCCUCCCCAAGGACCUGCGCGGGAGGGACAUGCGGAUGGUCCCCGUCGAGAUGUUUAAUUACUGCUUGCAGCUAGAAGACGAAAACAGCUCUGGACCAGUAGACAGGCCAUCCCUCCCCUGCACAAAGGCAAGCCCUGCCCUUGCGGAGCCAGACCCAGGGCCCGACUGCCCACAGAAACAGAAGUAUCGCCCUGCCAGUGUCCGGCGAGCCAUCGGUACUGUGAUCAUCGCGGGAGUGGUUUGCGGUGUGGUCUGCAUCAUGAUGGUAGUGGCAGCAGCGUAUGGAUGCAUCUAUGCUUCACUAAUGGCAAAGUACCACCGAGAGCUAAAGAAACGACAGCCCUUGAUGGGUGACACAGAAGGAGAGCAGGAGGAACAGCGGCAGAUCUCAUCAGUCGCGUGA